UCUCUAUCUCGUCACCCGCUUCGUCUUUCUAUCUGGCAGCGAGCGAAUGGAUAGCCCGCCGCCGCCGCCGCCGCCCACAUCCCCGCCCCGGCCUCGGCCCUGACCAUCUCCUGUACGCCUUAUGCGCCGUCCGCGUCUCAGCCUCACGCCCGCCCAGUUCGCCGGCGGCCCCUCUCCCUCGCUGCACGUGAGCAGGCUGCCGACCCCGGAUCCAGUGUCAUCCGGGUUUCCUCAUCGACGGUGAGAUCGGCUUGGUCUUCCUCGCGGUGGAGGCGUGGCGGUAGCAACGUCGGCGCUGCAGCACGCCGGCUCGCUAUCAAUCUCACCAAAUACUGGUGCUUUGCAGCCCACUAAUGGAUCCAACGACUAAUCUCCCGAGGUUGAUUUUCAAGGGUUGUGUGGACUGAACCUGUUCCUCUAAACCAAGGGGUCCUUCUGGCCCUUUUCCUGCAACUGGCAUGCGUCAUAGCAACGAGACAUCCUUGAAGCUUCAAUGGAUACAAAGGCAUACCAAUUCCAGAAGAUGUGCACAAGGAAGUUAAUGUAACAAGCAUCUUGAAACUAACUUGUGGUGGCACUUGCUACAAAGCAGUGUAUACAAGAAAGGAAGAUGUUUGAUCAUAUUAUCUGCUACAGAUCUGCAUCUGUAGAUUAAGUCAAUGUUCUGGAGCACUUGAUUAUGUGAGGUACCAUGGUCUUUUCGGGAUCUUUGAAUCUUGGAGAAAUGCCAUGUUGACCAUUGCGAGGUGCUGCCUAUUUUUAUUAUUUGGUGAUUACAAUUACUAAAUGUAUCAUACUUGUUGUAAGAUGAACUUCUGGAGAAUAUAUGUCACAUAUAUGAAUUAUGAAGUGUGUUUUGACAGAUAUAUUGAGGAAAUAAUGAUUCCUAAUUUGUUCUCAGAUAAUUUAUAUCAGUUUGGACCUAAUCAUACCAUUGGUUUGUAAGACAAGAAAUCUGUGACCAAUCCAACCACUACAACAAACAAAAUUUCUUAUCAGCAGGGUUGCUCCUGGACCAAUUAAUUACCAUUUAGAGUGUGCGCGUGCUUAAAAUUCGUGUAUCAAAGAGUUUGUUCUCAGAUAUUGCAGAAUAGUUCUUAUGUGAAGAUUGUUUUGAUAUGUGCCUUCAGCUCUAUGCCUUCGUAAAAGUAGGCCAAAAUCAUAUUUCUAACACUUCUUAAGGGAUGCUAUUUUGGUUCAUUUUCCAUAUGCUUAUGGAGAAUUUUCAAUUAUGCAUUAAAUGGUACUGCAUAACUUAGUUUAUGUAUCUCAAACACUUUUGUAUGUGCUAUAUACACACUUUCUCUCAUGGUUCAAUAUGUGAAUAUUGCUUCAAUAACUUGGUGUCAUGCGGAAGGAGGUCCAACUUAGGUGAAGUCUUGUCAAGGGAAAAUAAUGAAUAAGCCGAGCAUCAAAUCAUACAAAUCAAAACCAAGCUCCAACCAACUAUUUGAUUAGUGAUAUAUGUUUGCCACAAAUUUAACAUAUUUUGUGACUAAUUUUAGAAAUUCCGACCAUUUUAUUGCCAAAAUUGACGGGCGCGCAAAGCGCGCCAUCCACGAUCUAGUUCUUCAUAUACUAACCCUCUCCUAAAUGAUAGAUGAGGCAUUUGACUUAUCUCCGUUAUUUUCCUUUCUGCAAAUUAGACCAAUAGUCUCUUUUAGUCAACUUAAGGGUAUGUUGAAUAUGACAGUUAAUGAAGAUGGUCAUUCUUGCUGUUGAAAGUACACAAUCUGACUCAUUUUAAAGUUGUACCUUAUCUUUAUGACAAGACUAAGCUGCUACUUUAGCAAGUGUUUUACUUCAACACAGAUUGCUGUAAGAAAGAAAGCAUUUUUUUGCAAUAAAGCAAGCAUUGAACGCACUGAAGUGUCCACAGCAGAAGAGCUUGAAUUUUUUGCUGACAUAAAUUUAAGUAACCUUCUCCAUGCAUAUGCUGUUUCUUUCAACCAUUUGUAUCUAAAUAUCAAUACUCAUUUUGAACUAUAUGCUCAGGCCUACCUUUUUGUUUGAUGUUAUUGGUGUGGUCUGUGUAUAAUUGUUAACUUGAUUGCGAUUUUAGUGAUAGCUCGUCACACAUUACAGAAAUCUAUUUUCCAUUCUGUAGCUCUAUGCUCAUCUGCGCCCAGGUGCAGCUAUAGCAUGGUGAAGUAACACUACAGGUAGAGAAGAAAGAAAGGAAGAAUGAUGGUAAGAACCACUGAGAUACCGAGUCCGGCCAGCCAGAAGAGUGUCAGGAGAGUGUUUCUUCAUUGGGAGAGGACAAUAUCGGCCGGUUCAUUGAGCAGAGUGGUGGGAAGCUCACAAAAACACCCUUUCCAAACAGAUUUUCUUUUUCAUCAUUGUGAAGGUUGAUUUUACCUAUUUCACUUAGAUGGUGACCUCCCUGCACUCCCAUUUUUUGCUUUGGAUUCUCUUUUAAAUGGUGAGCGCUCAGAUUCUGAACAUUGGCUCUUUAGUACUGUUUUAUUAUUUUAUGAAAUUUAAGAAAAUAUGACCAAUGUGAUUUUGUUCUCUAAAGACUGGAAUUGAAUAGUAGGUCCUUUUGGUACUGUCCUAUUAUGAUUUGUGGCUAAGAGAUGCAUCAGUUCGACUAGGCAUUAUCAUGUAUUGUACCGUAGUAUCAUUUUUGCAUAGACUAAAUACCUACUUUUGCUGAAGGUUACUUUUCUUAAUAAAAUUUGGUUCAGGAUGCCGUUUUGCCUGUUGUAGUACUUUCAGCAUAGAUGCAGUAGUGGUCUGCUCCCCCAAAGAUCUGUAGCUCGUGGAUGCGGUGGAUGUGGCACAGGGAGCAGAUGAAAUGGGAAUAAGAGGAUCCCCUGCACGUGCACAAAUUCUUGCUACCUGAUGGCUGACGGUGAGGAUGCCUCUGACCUGUCUCGAGAAGGUUCGAGCCACAGGACGAUGUGUACAGCGCACCACCAAUUCCUCCAACAGCACAGCUGUUGUACUGGUAGCAGCGACAACAACUCUCCACACAAGCGUCGCUAGCUGCUCCCGUCGAUGUACCUGAUGCCGUGUUCUGCCGGAGCCAAGGUCCAGCGCAUUUUAGUUUUGUGGGAUAGACAUGUUAGUUCAAAUGCCCAACGGGUUUGAUGCUGAAUUAGGUUGGAUGGAGCGUCGAGGAGCUUGAUUCUUUUGGUCUUAUAGUCACUGCCGAGAUAUUCGUGUGUAAUGAUGAAGCACGUGGGGUGUAGAUGAGGAUGAAAUGAGCCAGAGAGAAAUAUUGCUGGUAAAAAAAAGCCUCCCAGGCUGUCCUCGCCAAAAUUUACUCCUCCGUCAUCCGAUUUGGUUAAACAUUCCUUUAUUGACCCCUGGCUGCCUCAACUGGCGGACGCCGCCGGCUGCCCAAUGACCAUCAACACAUAUGAGCUUGCUUUAACCGGAGGUGUAUGGACAGAGCCCAAAGUAUAACCAUCAUAUUUCUAGGCAGGGACGGAGCCAGGAUUCUGACAUAGCGGGGGCCUUCAGUGUGUAAACUUAUAAGAAGAUGAUGGAGAGACACAGUGGCCUAGUUUUUUUAGUGGGACAAUAGCCUAUUUUGAUGAACCAUAUGUCCAUCCUAAUCAAGCAAAGAAAAUUGGUGCGAGAUAUGAAUAAAUUCAAUUUCAAUCAGAAGUUUCCAUAAAGCAAAUUCUGAAAGCAAUUCGGAUGUAACUAAAUCGUUCAACUAGAGGAACGGGGUAAAUUCAAUCCCCAUUAUGAGUGUCUAGAUACAUCUCUGUUUGGGGGAACGGAGGUAAUAGAAACUAGCAAAUCUGGCUGCCCUCCCAAGCCACAGCCAAGGCCGCCGGCCGCCGCGUCGCUCGUCGCCCCUUGCUCAGCCGGUCAGCCCAGCGCGGCAACGCCGACUCGCCGUCCGACUCCGUCCGCUCGCGAGGCGCCCAGGGACAAUACCAGUCAGGCAGGUCGGGCGUUGGGCGGAUACGUAAAGGUAAAAGAUAGAGCGGCGGUCGGCGGAUCCUUAAUUUCCGCCGUCGCCGCGCCAGAACUCUCUCACCGCGACCUCCUUCCUCAAGCCUAACCCACACCCGCCGCGGUCUCUCUCUCCUCCAGCCUCCAUCCAUGUCGCCCCCUCGUCGUCGUCGGCACCUAUGUUUUUUCCCAUCUCGAUCCGUGGCGAUCCUCCACGCGGUGCACAGGACACGGCAUCGGCAUCGGCAUCGCUGGUGUUGGCUGCGGAAACGUCAUACGGCUGCUGCAAAUACUAGUGGAUCAAAGGCUUCGUCGGCUCAAAUAAACCAUCAUCAAGGUGGUACUGAUAUUCCUCAAGUUGCUGAGAAUAUGAAACAGCAAACUCUUUUUGACAAACUACCGGAGGACAUCUUACAUCGUAUACAUUCUCUCUUACCAAUACAAGACGCUGCUUGUGCUGCCUGUGUGUCUCAUGCAUUUCUGCGUUCAUGGAGAUGCUAUUCCAAACUCAUACUCAACGACUGUGCGCUUGGGUUGAAUCACAUAGAAUUUGAGGAAAGAAAAAUCUAUCUCAUUGACAAAGUUGACAAAAUUCUUAAAAACCAUCAUGACAAAGGGGUGAAGGUGGAGACACUUAACCUUAUUCUUACCCCUUGCACCAAUAUCAAAGCCUCCUACCUGGACAGGUGGCUCCGAAGAACCGUUAAGUCUGGGUUUAAAGAUCUUUACUUGGAGAUGCCUUUAUCCAUGAAGAAAAUUUACAAAUUCCCGUGUUCAGUUUUGUCUGAUGAGGGAGCUGCAAGUUCAAUUCAGUUUCUUAACAUCGGCUCUUGCACUUUUCAUCCCACAUCAACACUUGGCUCCUUGGCAAGGUUGAAAACUGUAAGUUUGUCUUUUGUCCACACUACCGAGGAAGGAUUGGAGCACUUGUUUUCAAAAUCUUCUACCCUAGAGGAGCUCAGAAUAUUCGCAUGCCAUGGGAUAAUUUGCUUGAAAAUACCUUGUAUGAUGCAGCAUCUCAAGAUACUUGAUGUUCAACUUUGCAACAUGCUGCGGGUUGUAGAGAUUGAUGCUCCAAACCUCUGCUAUUUUAACUAUGACAGCGCUUUGCCAGAAAUCUACGUGAGAAAUUGUUCUCAACUUAAGCAUGUACAGUUAUCAUCUGCACGCUCGUCUGGCGUUCUUUUUUAUGCUCGCACUAGUCUUCCGUCCAUCGCACGGAAUGUUGAGAGUCUUAUUUUGGUUGGUCGUAGCGAGAAUGCCAACACUCCGUUGCUACAAUCCAGGCUACCCCACCUCAAGAACUUGGAAAUUAGACUCAGAGCAGUCCUCCCCAAAGGCUCCCCUCCAAGCUAUGACUUCUUUUCUUUGGUUUCUUUUCUUGAUGCUUCUCCUGCCUUGGAGUCUUUCACCCUACACGUAAAUGAGUAUGUCAUGAAACACUAUCCUGUUGUUGGAGAUAAUUACGAAUGCCCGAGGCAGAAGCUGGACUUGUCGCAUAACCGCCUCAGACACAUGACGAUCACGGGAUUCUGUUCAGCCAACAGCCUGGUUGAGCUCACGGUUCACAUCCUCGAGAGCACACACUCGCUUGAGCGCUUGACGCUGGACACAACCUAUGACUACAAUAGGUGUAUUCAAGGGCCUGGUACCAUUGGCAAAUGCACUACCUCAAGUAGGAUUGCCUAAUGCUGGCCGAUGAGCAAGAGAGGUGUUGACGAAGCUCAUAGAGCUGUGAAGACUGUUGGUAGAUACAUAGCUGGGAGAGUUCCAUUGGCUGUUCAAUUUGAGCUCAUGGGGCCCUGUAGUCGAUGCCAUACCCGCAGCCGGUAGAUCUAUCUAUGUCAGGGUGGUUUAUCUUUGUCUAGACUCCCAGGGAAUUCCGCCAAUAUCGCAUGUUUAAUCUCGGUGCCCAUAAAUAGAUCUUUUUUAUGCAUCUCUACUAUAGCACACAUGAAACCAUAUAUUUUAUAAAGUCAGUUUAUGUAUUGAAGGUACA